GUGUAUUAAAAUAAAAUCACAACAAUCUCGGAUAUUUGCUUUUUUUUUUUCAUUAUUUAAUUUGUGACGUAGGCCUACAUUUGGCAUAUGACAUUUCAUUGACGAUAAUUAGGCUAUGCAUUACCGACAUGAGUUCCCGCAGAAAAGGAGUAUAUCUCUUUUCAACAUUUGGAAAGGGUCGUAAAGUUGAGCUUACCUUAAAAGACAUACAAAAUGCUUUACAACCAUAUGGAUCUGGAACAGAUGUAAGUGCAUAUCUCUCCAGUGCCACUUGGGGUAAUCUUUGCAAAGACUUGCAAAUUCCAAAUACCCCGACCAACAGGAUUCGACUUAAAAAUGCAUGUAUUGCACACUUGCAGGAUAAUUCACAAGAAAUCUCUGCACAUGCAUCAGAAAGUGAUUUGAUUAAUGAAGAAAGAGAAGAUUCCAUUUGCAUUUCACCAUCACAGAAGAUUUUACAGGAAACAUCACUGAUUACACCUGCUCCACCACAAGACAGCGAUUCUGACAGAGACAGUCCAGUGACUGGUGCACCAUCUCCAAAGGUCAAUAAACUUUCAUGAUUUUACCAAGCUGUUGGAAAAUAAAUGAACUUGUUGCUUCUAUUACUGUGAUUAAUUAUGCAUACUUCUAUUUUUUAAAUUUAUUGUCUGUUAUUUGUAUAUUGUAUUACAUAGAGGUUAUGUCUAGACCAUCCUAUCCAGAUAUCUGACAAUGAUUUGAGUAAUGAAGAAAGAGAAGAUUCCAUUUGCAUUUCACCAUCACAGAAGGACACUGGCAAACCCAGUGACACCGCAUCGGAGAACAGUAAUGCAGAUGCUGACCUCUUUUUUAGACACAAACUGCCAAAACAUCCAUGUUUUUUUUUUUUAUUAAUAGCCAAACCUGGAGUGACCUUAGGAAAAGACAAACUCAGUAUCAAUUCAGAGAUCUUCAGUGGACAAAUGUUAUUUCCAAAGGCAUAGAGUCAGUGCACCCCUACUGUAGCAUUGCUUUCAAAAGACACCACGUCAAGAUCAAGGGGUCCAAACGAAGGGGACCUCUUUUCCACUGUCUGGGGUACUGCACAUUUUCAGACUGUCCUGUCUGUGUUGAGGUCAGUGUAACAGAUGAGAGUACCCUGAAAGCAGCUGUCACAUUCCAGGAAGAUGAAGUGUGCCACAGCCUGGAAGAAUUAAAAAGUAGACCUGUGCGGGCUGAUGAAAGGCAUAAUUUUGCCAAGCAGUUAGAGUCGAUACUCCCAAGGGCUCUACAUUUGCAAAAUCUUGAAAAAAUUGACAACACGGUGUUCGAGUCAGGGUGCAGAGAUAAAGCCCCUACACCUGCCGUGCUGAAAAAUAUAUCAUGGAACAACAGGAAAAAAGCUCGCCGACAUCUUAAUGAAAUUCUGAGUCUUCAGAAGAUGGUGGAGGAGAGAAUCGAUUCUGAAAAAAUUCUCCAGAAGGUGCUCCUGCAUCCUCGAGGAGUGAUGCUCUGGUCACAAAGUUCAAUACGGCUGUUCCACCAGCGAUGUAAAACAGAUGUUGUGUACAUUGAUGCCACAGGAAGCAUCAUAAAAAAAGCCAAAGGAAAAUCAGCUCCAUUUUACAUCUAUGAGCUGGUAGUAAGACAUCCAAUUAAGGGUGCUUCUCCAAUUCCUGUGGCAACAUAUGUAACUUGUGACCACACUACCUCUUCUGUCACCUACUUUUUGGAAUCAUUUCAAACUGAUUACUUUCGAUUGUUUGGAAAAACAUCACAGAGGAGGCCAGUAAUGAUCAUGUGUGAUGGGUCCCUCGUUCUACUUCAGGCUGUUGCCUAUAGUUUCUGCAAAGUAUCUCUGGGCCAGUUGCUGCAAAUCUACUAUGAAGUAGUUACUGGAAAGUUGAGGGAUGAGGAAUUUAAGAUUCCAAUUCUGCACCGUUGCUUGAGCCAUGUAAUGAAGAAUGCCAAAGCCUUCUGUAAGAAACAUUCUCCCAAAAACUACAGGCUGUCCAUGCAUGUUUUUGGCUUGUUGACAUCUGCAGCUACAUUGGUAGAGAUGGAAGACAUCCUAAUAAGCAUGACAGUUGUCUUUUCAAGCCCCCAGAGUGGCGAUAAUGUGGAGAAGCAUUUUCGCAAUCUCCAGAACAAGAUGUUGAACAUGGGCAUUUCGGGAGAUAUGACAGACAUUACAGAUGAGGAUGUAGAGCUCGACAUGGGACCCACACCUUUUCAGAGGCACUUUGAGCACAUCAUUGCAGAGGCACCUGUACACGAUGAGGGAGAGCCAAAUGAAUACCAUUCUGCCACAUUCAUGCCCAGUCUGGUGAAGUACUUCUUGCCUCAUGCCCCUCUCUGGUCUGCGCUAAUGCUGGGAGAUUUAGGCCGCCAUGGAAGAGGUCCUGUCUACAAAAAUCUGUCAAAAAAAUUUGAGCAAUGUAGUCGGUUGGACACACAGAAUUACACAAAUGACAAUAAAACACAAGGAAUUAUGGAGAAGAGCCAGUGGGACCUGAAACGUGUGCGCUUUCACAGACGCCGCCUCACACGGCUGGAUGAUUUUGUGCAUAUUUACCAAAUAACCCAUAAUUCCCUGCUGAAGGAGUUUUCAGACUCUACCCGCAAGAAAAAAACACACAGAGUAGAGGUUGAGCGUUGGAAACAGAGAAGGCGUUCCAAGAAAGGCAUUUAUGUAUCGCCACUACUAAAGGCCUUCCCCUUCAAGAAAGUCAAAAAGCCCAGGGUGCUGACCAAAAAAACUGGACCACAGGCAGCAAACCAAGAGGAAAAUGUCUGCAGGCAAAACUUGACUGCAGUGGAAGAAUGUGACACCUCCUUGAUGGAAGACAAUGCUCAUACGGACGCCCAGUCUGAUGAAAAUAAAAGUGAAGAGACUGCAGUGGAAGCAUGUGCUACAUCACGGACAGAAACAGUUGAUGAAGUGAUCCAAUUUGCUGACACUAAAGGCAAAAAGCUCACCUCCUUGUGGAAAAAAAAAAGCCACAGAGGUUGUGGUGUCUGUGAUCCCCACACAACACAUAGGACAAAUGAUUAAUGUCCAUCACAAAGAGCUCCGUUCACUUCAACCACACCGAUGGUUAUAUGGCGAGAUAAUUGAAUGCCUGUUUCAUCUUGCUGUCAACCAGUUGGAGAUGGGGAACUCCAUAUACAUUCUCAAUCACUACACAGCAUGGGUGAUUCUGUAUGGGGAAAGCUCGCAGCUUGUCCGGCACAGUUUGCCAAAGGUCAACUUUGACGAUUACCAGGCGAUUCUUUCAUUUGUGAACAUCAGCAAGGUCCAUUGGAAGCUUCUGUACAUCAAUGCUGUCAACCACACAGUGUACCUGGUAGAUCCUUCUAAAAGCUGCACAGAAGAAGCUGAUUCCAAUUAUGCUGGACAAAAAUUCAGGUUAUCAUUUCAUGACUCAUUAAAUCUACAAGCCACAUUCUAUCACUAUUUGCAAGGAGUUUUGCAGCACUGAAGAGAUGAUGAAAACUCAAAAUUCAAUGAUUCCCAUUCACUAAAAGGGUUACACCAAAUAUUAACCCAAUAGCCAGGCAAAUAGUUAAAGAAAUUCAGUAUAUGUUACAGUUUCAGCAGACGGAGACAGCAGGUAAAAGUAAAGUUGGUUUAUUAAACCAACAGAGUUGAUAUGGAUCACAGGUGAGUAAAUGGCAAAGGAAGUUAAGAUGGUAGAAUGAAUGGAGUUUUAUACUGUCCUUUGUUUUGCAGGAAGGUCACUGGAGUGGAAGCUGACUUGAAGACACUCACACACAGACUUGGAAUACAGGAGGGAACACAGAGACACAGGAGACAGGAGACAGGUAUGUAUCAACAGGAGUCUUUGAGGUAAGCAUAGAGGUAAGUUUCUCUUGAUGCAAACAAGACCAGACAAUGUGACUGAGUGUGAGUGUCUUAAGUAGUGGUGAUGAUGAGCGUGAUAAUGAGCUGCAGGUGACGGUGAUUAAUACUCAGGGGAAGGUGCUCGCUGUGAUUGGAGGGUGCUGGAGCCUGGCGUGUCUGUUACAGUAUAUUAUAUAAUUUUCCUGUAUCAAAAGUAUUUACUACCAGUAAGCUUGAUGGUAAAAUUUAUUGAGAUAUUACAAUAUUGUAAAGACUGUAUUACAUUAAAGUAGUGCAUUUAUUUACAUUCCAUUCCAUGUAGGUCAUAGCAGAGAGCUUGUGACUGUUGUAUUGGGAAAGGAGAUGCAAAUCAUUUGUUUUGUUAUGGACUUAGAAAUGAAAUUAAGAGUUCACGAGAAUUACUUACUUGUAUUUACACAUUUCACUCUUAUAAAAAGAGUUAUACGUUUAGAAUAUAUUAUUCUUGGAAAGAAAAGCUUUCUGUAAUCUUUCACUACUUAAUACAUAUUACUGUUAUUGUCACAGUUCCCUCGUCUCCUGGACUCCAUUACCCAUGAUCCUCCUUUUCUCCACACCUGCACUCACUUCCCUCGUAUUCUCCCCAUCACCACGGAUUACCUGCACCUGCUCCUGAUCAUCUGCACUCCCUUUAUAAUGGACUCACUCCCUUCACUCCCUGUCUGUUCUCUGUUUAUGUUAAGUUGUGUGUUGCUGUGUCUGUAUAGUUUAUCUCCUUUAUCUCCUUUGUCAUUAAAAUCCAUCAUUGUGGAUUUCCUAUGUACGCUUAAUCUCUUCUGCAUACACCAGCUGUAACAGUUAUGCAUCACAUUUCCUUUUACAUUUCCUUUCACGCAGUGAGUACCUACAGAUGAGGAAAACAUGCCAUGGAAAAACGGACUGGGUGGGCAUAAAAUGGAAAGCAGGUGUUCUGACACAUCCAGUCCAACAGGAUAGCAGUAGCUGUGGGGUCAUUGUCAUCUUGAUGGCAAGGGCAAUAAUGAGGGCAUUUCCAGCUGUCCCAAAUUUUCAUUUUGGAACCUCAAAAAAGGAAAUGGCACAAGAACGAAAAUUGAUGGCUCUGCAGAUACUGCAAGAAUCAGUGUUUGAUGAGACCAAUAACUGCUCUAUGUGCUCACUGAAAGAGCCAAGUGGAAGUGCACAACCUGUGACAAAGUGGAUCCAGUGUGACAGCUGCGAGAGAUGGUACCACGAAAAGUGCCUGGGCAUGACUAAAAAAAACUGAAACAGGCCAGGGUCAACAAUUGGGACUGCAUUUUGUGCUCUUAAACUUGUAAGCAGUAAACAUAUUUUUUUUUGUUUUAUUUAUUAAUGCUAUUUUUAUUUUAUUUUUUGG